AUGUACAACACCAUAACCCGCGCCCAGAACGCAUUUGGCUUCUUCACAACAGUAGCCUUCUUCGUCGCCGCCUUCAUCGCCGCGACGGACCUCAUCACCCCGCGCGCGCCCUCCUCCGGCGAGAUCAAGACCACGAACGUCCAGGUCGUCAAGGGCCGCCCCCACUACUACAGCAGUAAGAAGGAGGAGUACGCCAUCAUCAAGUUCUCCCUCGACGCCGACCUCUCGGACCUCUUCACCUGGAACACCAAGCAGGUCUUCGUCUACGUGACAGCGGAAUGGCCCGACAACUCUAAGAAGAACGCCAUCCCCGGCGUCAACGUGACCAACCAGGCCGUCAUUUGGGACCAGAUCAUCACCGCCCCUAGCUCCGACCACCUCGCCAACAUUGGCCCCGCUGCCAUGCGCAAGCUGAAGAAGAGCGCCGAGGGCAAGAGCAUCGACCCCAGCCGUGGCAAGCUCAAGAUCAAGAACCAGAAGCCCAAGUACCAAAUCACCCACCCCUCGGGCAAGAUCGCCGAAGCCGACAAGGUCGUUUUGAAGCUUCACUACAACGUUCAACCCUGGGUCGGCAUCUUGACGUGGAACCAAAACCAGGACCUCGGAUACUGGAAGGCGCUCAAGGGUGGUGUUAGCAAGGCCUUCAAGCUUCCUGCUCUGAAGGUCAAGGAGAAGAAGCCGUAA